AUGCACGUUCCAGGGCCGUUGUCCUCGAAAUGGACAGCUUACCUCGGACUGCUGUCUGCACUCUCUGCGGCAUUUGCACCUGCAGUCGCCGUUAAGGAGCAUGACUUCAAGAAGUGCCAUCAGUCCGGUUUCUGCUCCCGCAACCGCGCAUUCGCGGACCACGCCCUUGCAUCGAGCUCAUGGCAGUCGCCCUACAACAUUGCGCCCGAAUCUGGCUCAUUUAGAGACGGCCAGUAUAAAGGCGUCAUUUUGAAGACCAUCAACGACAACGGCGAGACUGUCCGGCUACCCAUCACCAUUUCCUUCCUCGAGUCCGGCACAGCACGAGUCACGGUCGAUGAGGAGAAGCGGCAAAAGGGCGAAAUCGAGUUGCGGCAUGGAAGCAAGGCUAGGAAAGAGCGUUACAAUGAGGCUGAACGGUGGGUCAUUGUUGGGGGGACGACACUCGACAAGGCGGCCAAGGUCGACUACGAAGACAAGUCCCAGCUCACCGUCAAGUACGGCCCGUCCGCCAAGUUCGAGGCCACCAUCAAGUUCUUUCCCUUCAGCAUCGACUUCAAGCGCGACGGCAGCAGCCAGAUCAAAUUGAACGAUCAAGGGCUGCUAAACAUUGAACAUUGGAGGCCAAAGGUUGAGAAGCCCGCGCCGGAGAAGAAGGAGGGUGAAUCAGACGAGGAGAACAAGACGGAGGAAACGAAGGAAGAGCCCAAAGCAGAGAACGAAAGCACUUGGUGGGAUGAGACCUUCGGCGGCAAUACGGAUACCAAGCCUCGCGGCCCGGAAAGUGUCGCUUUGGACAUCUCAUUUGUCGGCUAUGAGCACGUUUACGGCAUUCCGUCCCACGCCAGCCCGCUCUCGCUCAAGCAGACUCGCGGUGGGGACGGCAACUACCAGGAACCUUACAGGUUGUACAACGCUGAUGUCUUUGAGUACAUCCUCGACAGCCCCAUGACCCUCUACGGCUCCAUCCCUUUCAUGCAGGCCCACCGCAAGGAUUCCGCUGUUGGCGUUUUCUGGUUGAACGCCGCAGAGACGUGGGUUGACAUCACCAAGGGCAAAGACUACAAGAACCCUCUUUCUCUCGGGACCAAGUCAAAGACGAGCACUCACACCCACUGGAUUUCCGAGAGCGGUCUGCUGGAUGUGUUUGUCUUUUUGGGCCCCACACCCAAGGACCUGACCGCCAAAUAUGGCGAGCUGACUGGCACCACCGCAAUGCCGCAGGAGUUCUCUCUCGGCUACCACCAGUGCCGCUGGAACUACGUUUCCGACGACGACGUCAAGGAUGUAGACCGUAAGAUGGACAAGUUCAAGAUGCCCUACGACGUCAUUUGGCUCGACAUCGAGUACACUGACGAGAAGAAGUACUUCACCUGGGACAAGCACUCCUUUACCGAUCCCAUCGGCAUGGGCAAGCAGCUGGACAGCCACGGCCGGAAGCUAGUCACCAUCAUCGACCCUCACAUCAAGAACGUUGACAACUAUCCCGUCGUCGCGGAGCUCAAGUCCAAGGAUCUGGCCGUCAAGAACAAGGAUGGAAACAUUUUUGAGGGUUGGUGUUGGCCAGGCUCAUCGCACUGGAUUGACGCCUUCAGCCCGGCUGCGCGUGAAUGGUGGGCAUCUCUUUUCAAGUACGAUGCGUUCAAGGGCACCAUGGAAAAUACGUGGAUCUGGAACGACAUGAACGAGCCGUCCGUCUUCAACGGACCCGAAACGACUAUGCCCAAGGACAACCUCCACGCGGGGAACUGGGAGCAUCGCGACGUGCACAACCUGAACGGCAUGACGUUCCAAAAUGCCACCUACCACGCCCUCACUAGCCGCAAGCCGGGCGAGCUCCGCCGUCCGUUCGUCCUGACGCGCGCUUUCUUUGCGGGCUCUCAGCGCGUCGGGGCCAUGUGGACGGGUGAUAACCAAGCUGCGUGGGACCACCUCGCCGCGUCGAUUCCCAUGGUCCUAAGCCAGGGCAUCGCCGGUUUCCCGUUUGCGGGCGCCGACGUCGGCGGCUUCUUCGGCAACCCUGAGAAGGAACUGCUGACGCGGUGGUACCAAGCCGGUGCCUUCUACCCCUUCUUCCGCGGACACGCGCACAUCGACGCCCGGCGCCGCGAGCCCUACCUCGUCGGCGAGCCGUACACGACCAUCAUCGCCGCGGCCCUCCGCCUCCGCUACAGCCUGCUGCCCUCGUGGUACACGGCCUUCCGGCACGCCCACAUCGACGGCACGCCCAUCGUCAAGCCCAUGUUCUACACGCACCCAUCGGAAGAGGCCGGAUUUGCCGUCGACGACCAGUUCUUUGUCGGCAACACGGGCCUGCUGGCCAAGCCGGUCACGGAGAAGGACAAGACCACGGUGGAUGUCUGGAUCCCGGAUGCCGAGGUCUACUACGACUAUUUUACCUACUACAUCAUCCCGACCGCCAAGGGCAAGAAUGUCACGCUGGAUGCGCCGAUGGAGAAGGUGCCCCUGCUCAUGCGCGGCGGCCACGUCUUUGCGCGCAGGGACGUCCCGCGCCGGUCGAGCGCGCUCAUGAAGUGGGAUGAUUACACGCUUGUCGUCGCCGUUGGCAGGGACGGCAGGAAAGCUGAGGGUGACCUGUACGUCGACGACGGCGAUUCAUAUCAGUAUCAAAGCGGGCAGUAUAUCCACCGGCGGUUUAUCUUCGACGGGGCGGCCAAGAGUCUGAGUUCGGUCGACGCCGAGGGCCGCGAGCCCGGAAGUGUGGCGGAGGGCGAGUGGCUGAAAAGGAUGCGUGGAGUUGGGGUGGAUAGGAUUGUGCUGGUGGGCGUGCCGGAGAGUUGGGUGGGGAAGAAGAGUGUCAAGGUGGAGAGCGAAGGGAAUGUUUGGGAGGCGAAGAUGGAGGUUACGCCGGCUGCUGAGGGGAGGGCGGCGUUUGCGGUGGUUAGGAAGGUGGGCGUGAGGAUCGGGGCGGAUUGGAGAGUUGUGUUUUGA